GAGCGCGCGCGCCGACUUCACGCGCUGACAGCCACGCUCGCGUGCUCGGGCCUUCUGCGGGCUCCCCACAGACGAGGCCGGCCUCUUCGCCUUCCCGUGGCUUCGUGAGCCGCCGCGCCUGCGCAGUGGACGGGCCCGCUUCGGCGGCAGAUACUAAAGCAAUGAAGUACAUACUGGUAACAGGUGGAGUUAUCUCUGGGAUCGGGAAAGGGAUCAUUGCCAGCAGUGUUGGGACAAUUCUCAAAUCAUGUGGAUUGCAUGUUACUUCCAUUAAAAUUGAUCCAUACAUUAAUAUUGAUGCAGGAACCUUCUCUCCUUAUGAGCAUGGUGAAGUGUUUGUGUUGGAUGAUGGAGGGGAAGUGGAUUUGGACCUGGGUAACUAUGAACGCUUUCUUGAUAUCCGACUCACAAAAGACAAUAAUCUGACGACAGGGAAGAUCUAUCAGUAUGUUAUCAACAAAGAAAGGAAGGGAGACUAUCUGGGCAAAACUGUUCAAGUUGUGCCCCACAUUACAGAUGCUAUCCAGGAGUGGGUCAUGAGGCAGGCACGAAUCCCUGUAGAUGAUGAUGGCAUAGAGCCUCAAGUUUGUGUGAUUGAGCUUGGAGGAACAGUAGGAGAUAUUGAAAGCAUGCCCUUCAUCGAGGCAUUCCGCCAAUUUCAGUUCAAAGUCAAGCGAGAGAACUUUUGUAACAUUCACGUCAGUCUUGUGCCUCAGCCAAGUUCUACAGGAGAGCAGAAGACAAAACCCACCCAGAAUAGUGUUCGAGAACUUCGUGGUCUUGGUCUCUCACCAGACCUGAUUGUGUGCAGGUGCUCUACACCUCUCGAUACCUCAGUAAAGGAGAAGAUAUCCAUGUUUUGUCAUGUAGAACCAGAACAGGUCAUUUGCGUUCAUGAUGUUUCUUCAGUGUAUCGGGUACCUCUGUUGCUAGAGGAACAAGGGGUGGUUGAUUACUUUCGACACAGGCUUAACCUUCCCAUUGAAAAGCAGCCCAGGAGGAUGCUCAUGAAGUGGAAGGAGAUGGCUGACAGAUAUGAUCGGUUGUUGGAGUCAUGUUCUAUCGCUCUUGUUGGGAAAUACACCAAGUUUUCAGAUUCCUAUGCUUCUGUCAUUAAAGCUUUGGAACAUUCUGCCCUUGCUAUCAACCACAAACUUGAGAUAAAGUACAUUGAUUCUGCUGACUUGGAACCAGCUACUCUACAAGAAGAACCUGUUCGAUACCAUGAGGCCUGGCAGAAACUCUGCAGUGCCGAUGGAGUCCUGGUUCCUGGAGGAUUUGGCAUUCGAGGGACAGAAGGGAAGAUACAAGCUAUCUCUUGGGCAAGAAAACAGAAAAAGCCCUUCCUAGGUGUCUGCUUGGGAAUGCAGUUAGCGGUCGUAGAGUUUGCUCGCAACUUCCUUGGAUGGCAAGAUGCGAACUCUACAGAAUUUGACCCCCAAACUAAACAUCCAGUGGUAAUAGACAUGCCAGAACAUAAUCCUGGCCAGAUGGGUGGGACCAUGAGGCUUGGCAAAAGGAGAACUGUCUUCCACACCAAGAACUCACUCAUGAGAAAACUUUAUGGCGAUGGGGACUAUUUGGAAGAGAGGCACCGACACAGAUUUGAGGUAAAUCCGGAACUGAAACACGCAUUUGAAGAAAAGGGCAUGAAGUUUGUGGGCCAAGAUGUUGAAGGAGAACGAAUGGAAGUGGUUGAGUUGGAAGAGCAUCCAUUUUUCGUUGGUGUUCAGUAUCAUCCAGAAUUCCUGUCCAGACCUAUAAAGCCAUCUCCCCCUUACUUUGGCCUCCUUUUGGCUUCUGCAGGAAGGCUUACACAUUAUCUGCAGAAGGGUUGCAGACUCUCCCCCAGGGAUACAUACAGUGACCGAAGUGGAAGCAGUUCACCAGACUCUGAGAUCACAGAACUGAAAUUUACUGCGGUGAACCACGAGUAAUACCUGGUAUUCCUCAUAUCAGAAGAUGCUUCAUUGGAUGCAAUAGUUGGACUGCUGGAGUCUCUUAAAUCAUGUUGUUAUAACAGUAUUUUGAGAACUCAUGUCACUUUUUGGUUUUGUUCCUUUAACUUUUUUUUAAUUGCUUUACUUUUGUGAUGCUGACACUGGUCCAUGUGUGGUUGUGAGCUUUCAGACAAGAAGCUGAGCAAGGACUUUGACAGGUUCAGAAUUUCUGAUGAGGUGUCAUAGCCCACUGUAAAUGGUCAUGAGUAUUGCCAAGAAGAAUACCGGCUUUUCUCUUAGGUUCCAUUGUGGAAGGUUUCAAUUAUAUUUUUCAUCCAUCUGAAUGGGAUGGGAAGCUCCAGAGGACAGAAUAAUUUAAUCGUUACAAGCAUUUUGAAACAUAGCGAUGGAUAUGGUCGCUUCAUAUCCACUGGUGAACUUUUAUUCCAGGAGUACAUUUUUCCUGGUCAUGAAGCUUGAGGGUAUCUGAGCCUAAGCAAGUCUGGUCAUGCUGUAAUGAUAUAAUAAAAAUGUGAGCAUUGUAUCCCGAUUUAGCUGUACCUAAAGUCCAUGGGAUUUGAGAGAGUCAUGACUCAAUUGAAUUCAAUAGGUCUGCUAUAGGAAUGGCUUAAUCUGGAUGUAAUCCAAGUAUCUAAAAUUUCUCUUCUAUUACAAACUCAAGAGAGGGGUAUAGUUUUCUGUAGCCCUGCUUCCUGGAUAAAUAAACUCCUUGCAUCAAGGGGGCCAUGUGUACAAGAAAGUGACUUUUCAGAAGCUGCCUUUUGCAACUCUCAUUGAGAGAUCUGCCCUGGACCAGAGAAGGUCUGAGUUCCUCAUUUUUGAAAGGGAGGCCCAACUUACGUGGUCUUCCUUCCCCCACUGUUGAUAAUGCAAAGGCAUAUGGGAUGUUAAAGGUGCCCAUUUCUGUAAGUGGACAUGAGGUGGAUAUUCAGCAAUAUAUUUACUCCAUCUUGCACAGGAGGGAAAGGAUGACACCAGGAUUUUUUUGUUUUUUGUUUGGCAAAGGUGGGAACUGUCCAGAGCAAGUAUGUGUAUUCUCCCCUUUUGCCAGUACAGGUCAUUAGCUGUGUUUCCAUCAAGUUUGGAGAAACUGCAUCUUGCUAUAAAAUAUACCAUAUGCACAGAUACUUAAUUAAAAUGGGGAAAGCAA